GUUUAACACGAACGAUCACAGAGGCGUGACGUUUAAUGCCUAGUGGCCCCUUUCCAUCUUCCACACACUCACUCUCUCUCUCUUUCUCGGCAGAGAAGAGAACAAAAAAAUGUUCGUGCCUUGUUGUGGACAGCCCUCUUACUACAUGUGGCCCCACCACUCCCCCCAGGCACAACAGUUGCCAAAUUUUUGGAUUAGGCCCAUGCCGACCGUGGCCAGUACACUACCGAGUCCACAUAAACCAUGCCCCAUGCAUGAUGUCAAAAAGGGAUCUCAUGAUAAACUACAAAGAGCAUCGUCUGCUCCGAAAAUCAGCAAAAAGAGACUAAGCAGUACUUCUCAAGCCUCUGGUAGUACUGACAGUAGUUCAGAAUCCAAGCAGAACUUCAUAGCCGUCACGCAACUUGAAGAUGAGCAAGCCAUCAGAUCUGUCGAAUUCCAUCCUUCUGGAAAAUUCUACGCUGUCGGUUCCAAUACAAAAGCUCUCAGAAUAUGCGGAUAUCCCAACUGCAAGGACCUCAGAAUCGACCAUGAGCCUCGUGAACCUAACAUUUUGUACAAGCGACAAAAACAGCACAAAGGCUCUAUCUAUUGCAUGGCAUGGAAUGCUACGGGUGACUUAUUGGCCACAGGUUCAAAUGACAAAACCGUUAAACUUAUGAGGUUCAACUCAUCUACCUGUCAACUGGAGGAUAUCGCUCAUCCUUUGACGAUGCACGGGGGAACUGUUCGAGACAUGUGCUUCAUGGAGGACAUCAGCAACAGAUCGAACAUUCUGAUUAGUGGUGGAUCUGGUGAUAAUAAGAUCUACAUCACUGAUUGUGAAACAGCCAUGCCAUUCCAAUCUCUCACUGGUCACACGGGACAAAUAUUGUCUCUCUACACAUGGGGUGGGGUGAUGUUUGUGAGCAGCUCUCAGGACAGGACAAUCCGGUUUUGGGACAUGAGAACAAGAGGAUGCGUUCACAUGGUUAACACUCGGCCACUAAGUGGAACUGGGCCUGGUAGCGCAGCCGCUGCUGUCUCAGUGGAUCCUUCUGGUCGCCUCCUGGUGUCCGGACACGAAGAUUCCAGUUGUAUGUUGUACGACAUGAAGGGAAACCGACCUCUACAGACAUUCAAGCCACACGGUGCUGAUGUCAGGACAGCCAGACUCUCUCCUAAAGCAUUCUAUUUACUGACAGGAUCGUAUGAUUCUAAAGUCAUGCUCACCGAUUUACAAGGUGAUCUGACACAGCCUUUGGCAACAGUGAAAGUGGCAGAGCAUGCAGACAAAGUAAUCCAAACAAGAUGGCACCCACAAGAAUUUACAUUCCUCUCCACCAGCGCUGACAAAACAGCUACUCUUUGGGCACUCCCUUCAACAUAGUCAUUCCUCUCAACUUUCUUUAAUCACCUCAAAUAUUUACAUGCACUUACAAGUUCGACUAUCAUGAUUAUGGUCUUUGUAAACAGAAUAGGCGUCUCAAGAUAACGUGAUUUCUCCAUUCUCCACACUUUUCCCCUCUUCGUUUCCAUGGCUUCAUGCCUCCAGCGAAUUUCGCUUUUCUUCUCAUAGCAGUACGUUUCGGAACAAAAAUUGGAAAAUUGGGAAAUACUUAUGUGGGGGGGAAAGCAAGAUUCGACGAAACUAUGGCAAUGGAGAGGGGAAAAGUAUGGAGAGUGAGAAAACUCUAUAACGAGUCGUCUUUUCUAUUUAUAAAGAAUAUAACUAGGCAGCAAUUCAAAACAUGACCCUCUUACGCUUUAGCAAGUAGUCAACUGGGUUAAUUUAAAAAGUAGCCACUUCAUAGCCAGGUUAAUGCUACCUGAAGCACACAUGCUUGGUUACAGUUCCUCUGAUUUUUCUCAGAGACAAAAAUCUUAGACCAACAUUGUAGCCGCUCCAUCUGUUGACGUACUUAGUUAUUAAUUGGAAUUUUGGUGAUAAUAGUUACACAGUUUCCUGAACUGAGCGCAGCAAACCGCAGUUAUUUGCACCCUUCCGUUUUUCAUAAAUUAAUUUUUCAAACUGUCCGUCAUUUUUGGGGUUAAUUGCUUAAAUAUUUGAAAUCAAAAUAUUAGUGGCAUAUAGAAUUUCUUUUUUUGAAACUUUUUACUGAUGUUCUCUUAGAAAUGAUUCCUAAAGCAUGCCACUUUUAUUUUCUUAUUCUUAAUUCAUUUUAAGAUCUUAUGUCUGUGCAUCCCUCCAAAUGGUCAUGUUUCGAAUUGCAAUCCAGUUACUCGAAGCCAUAAUUCGAUUAGAAAAUGACCCCAUAACUUCAUGCAUUUUAUUUGUCAUUGAUUAUCAUCUUCAGCAAUUUUUAACAAAUUAUUUAGUACAAUAAAUAAAUUUAAAAUAUAUCUUCGAUAUAAACUUUUUAUGAUUUAAAAAGAAAGGUAAUUUAUUAACACAUUUGUCUCUCUAUUUUUUUUAAAACUUAAAUAAUGAGUUUCUAUUUUUUAUAAACUGCUUACAAACAGUGUUUUGAAUAUUUUACUAUUGUUAAAGAUUAUGGAAUUUAUAUGCUUACCAAAUUCAAUGAGUAAUUUUGGGAGUAAUGCUUUUGUUUUUCAAUAUAUAUAUAUAUAUAUAUAUAUAUAUGUNAUAAAUAUAUAUAUAUAUAUAUAUAUUAAAAAACAAAACAUCAUGCAAAUAGAAAAAUUAUGUAUAAUGCCGGAAAAUGUAAAGGUUCUCAUCAGGACAUUACGACAGCUAAAUUGAUAUUUCAAAAUAAAGAAUAAUUAUCCUAAGAUAAAAACCACUCUUUAUAAUAUGUCUUUGCCUCUAAGAAAUUUUAAAAAAAUGUAAUUGUAAAUGAGUUUAAGAUGAAAGAAGAAAAGCAGAAAACAAACUUACCUAUAUGAAGUAAAAUAAAAUGAACAUGUGUUAAGAUUUGAUAUACUAAUUAAUUCGAUAUAACAAUUAAUAAAAAUUGUUAUGAAGAAUAAAUAUAAUGAAUGUGCUUUGUGAAAAUUGGUAAAAAACAUAUAAAUCAUGAUAUAAAUAUAAAAACUUUAAAAUGUCGAUUUUUAGGUAUCGUAAAUUAGCAAUGAAAAAAAAAUGUCUUGUGAAUUCUGUGCUUGUUAUGGACAUUUUUCAUCACCGUAUAAGCUGUAAACUGUUCAAUUAGAGAUUUCAUGAAUUUUCAGGCUUCGAUAUUUUUCGUAUUUUUGUUGUAAAAAAAAAGCACUAUAUAACUUAAAAACUAGACACCUACCAUAGAAUUGUUUUGUAAAUGUAUACUGAUGAUUAUGUAGUAUUUAUGUGAUAUUUUGAUCACAUCAUAUAGCUUAUGUGAUAAUAUUUUUAAUAAAACUUUACCUUUUAAAAAUUGUUAUUAUAUUUUCAUUAAUUUAAUUGGAUUAAUAAAUGUUUGAUCAUGUAUCACAAAUGUG